AUCGUAAACAUGAUAAUCAAUCAGCAAGAGCGCUGUAAAACCUGCAGGAUUAUAGAGGCGGACUUUAACAUCACUCACCAGCUCUAAUGUACAUGAUCAUAAAGUCAGCAGAGCAUUAAUAACUCUAGGCAAGAGUUUUAUGGCUUUAUCUUGUAUAAGUGAUAGUUUGCUCGCUUUGCGCUGUCCAGAGGAAAUCACUUCAGUUUCUCAAAGCCCCGCGUUUGUUUGUGAAGAGAACUGUGUGGAAAUAAGGAUGGCGGUGUCUAAAUCUACAUUAUCCAUCGUUUUUAUAGUUCUGGGGGGGUUGGCGGUUUUAUUCGGGACUGUGCUGGUGUUUGUCGGACCAAUUAUAAUAGACGAUCAAAUAGUCAAGAAUAUAGAGAUUAACCCGAACAACGGACUCUCCUAUACUAUGUGGAAGGACAUCCCAGUCCCCUUCUUUAUGUCUGUAUAUUUCUUUCAUAUUGUCAAUCCUAAUGAAACCCUAAAUGGAGAAAAGCCCACGGUGGUACAGAGGGGGCCAUAUGUGUACAGUGAAAACCGCUGGAAGGACAACAUCACAUUCCAUGACAAUCACACCGUCUCGUAUAAGGAAUAUCGGCAGUAUUUCUUUGAGGAGAGCAUGUCUGUGGGAAAUGAAUCCGAUGUGGUCACCAUCCCUAACAUGCUAGUGCUGGGCGCUUCAGUAAUGAUGGAGAACAUGCCCUCACCUUUACGCAAGCUGGUCAGCAGCACAUUCAAGAGCUUCAGCGAGGGACCUUUCUUGACCAAGCCAGUUGGAGAACUCAUGUGGGGCUACGACAGCAAGUUGGUGGACUUCCUGAACAAUUUGCUCCCUGGAAUGCUCCCAACCAGCGGGAAGUUUGGCUUAUUUGCUGAGUUUAACAACUCCAACACUGGACAGUUCACUGUCUUCACUGGUCAAAACGACAUCCGGAAAGUUCAUAUGGUGGAUUCUUGGAAUGGCCUGAAAAGUGUGGAUUACUGGAGUUCUGAACAGUGUAACAUGAUCAAUGGCACAGCGGGUCAAAUGUGGCCUCCGUUCAUGACUAAAGAGUCGACGAUGCCCUUCUACAGCCCUGAUGCGUGCAGGUCCAUGGAGCUGGUAUAUCAAAGGCCAGGUGUGUCUCGUGGGAUUCCCGUGUACCGCUUCGUGGCCCCAAAAACCCUUUUUGCCAACGGUUCAGAUUAUCCUCCCAAUGAGGGCUUCUGUCCUUGUCGACAGUCCGGCCUUCUCAAUGUCAGCACCUGCAGACACAAUUCCCCUGUGUUCAUGUCCCAUCCGCACUUUUUUGAGGCUGAUCCCAUCCUUUUGGACACUGUCAAUGGAUUGAGCCCGAAUGAAGAUGAACAUGGGCUCUUCAUCGAUAUCCACCCGGAGACUGGAGUGCCAAUGAAUGUUUCGGUUCGGCUGCAGCUCAAUCUGCUCAUCAAGAGUGUGCCUGACAUCACAGAAACAGGAGAGAUAACUGAAGUGGUGAUGCCAAUGAUCUGGUUUGAAGAGAGCGGCUACAUUGAUGGUCCUGGUCUCAACACGUUCCGCACCAAUCUGGUGGUGCUGCCCAUGGUCCUGGAGUACAUGCAGUACAUCUUCAUCGGUCUCGGACUUGCAGGCAUUUUGGGGGCCGUGGUGUUAUAUGUCAGUGACAAGAAAGCCAUGAAAAAGACAUCAGGUUCUCUGUCACAAGGGGAAAGCGUAAAAGAUGCAAAACACAACCCGACCAGUGAGACACAGGAUGAAAAAUAUUGCAUAAACGACAGCAGGUAAAAAGUAGGAUGGUUGGUCAGCGCUGCACAGAUGUGUAUCCAUCCAGCUCAGUCAGUGAAAAGACCCCAUUUCUUCAGAGCCCAACGAGAUAAAGCCAUUAUCCACAUCACAGCCUACUUUCAUAACCUUUCAAUUUACUGGACAACAAAUAACACUGUCUUUUAAUAUUGGGGUUGAAUGAAUUAAAAGGUACAUUACUGUACAGACUAUUCUGUGUGAUGAAGGGAAGUUGAUGUGGAUUAUGAAGUAUGGGUAAGGCCGUUUUAUUUGUGUGCUUUUGUUUGGGUCUAAAGUGUUGUGCGGGGUCAGUACAAAAUAUUUAAAGGUUAGUUUUUUGACACCUUCAAUUUUAAUACUUGACAAAAUAUACCAGGCAUUGAAUUUCAAAUGGUGCAUUUAUAAAAAAAUUUUUUACAUGACUAAAGUUCCAAUAACUCCUAACCAAGGG